UGGCCCUUGGGAUGCUUCCUGAGUGACACUGGCAGUGAGCAUGCAGAGUCCGGAGGGUGGAUCAGACUCAACAGCUUCUGUGACACUUCACACUUCUGCCCAGGCUCCCGUAGUGCAGCCCGUGCCAGCCUCGCAGCAGAGGGUUUUGGUCCAAGCAGCAGGUUCCGCUCCCAAAGGAGCGCAGAUGCAGCAGAUCUCUGUGCCCAGAGUCCAGCAGGUUCCACAACAGGUGCAAUCCGUGCAGCACGUAUAUCCAUCCCAGGUCCAGUAUGUGGAAGGAGGAGAAGCUGUUUAUACCAAUGGAACCAUACGAGCCACCUACUCCUACAACACCGAAGCUCAGAUUUACGCCCCCAGCAGCGCAGCAUCCUACUUUGAACCACAGGGAGGUGGAGCUCAGGUGACUACAGCGGCAUCCUCUCCUACAGCCAUUCCCUCUCACAACAUGGUGGGCAUCACCAUGGACAUUGGGGGAAGUCCGAUCCUCUCCGGCUCGGGAGCCUAUCUCAUUCAUGGGGGGAUGGAAAACACUAGACAUUCCCUGUCACAUACUUCACGCUCCUCUCCAGCAACGCUUGAAAUGGCGAUUGAAAACCUACAAAAAAGUGAAGGGAUUACAUCACACAAAAGCAGUUUGCUCAACAGCCAUCUCCAGUGGUUGUUGGACAACUACGAGACGGCGGAAGGCGUCAGCCUUCCCAGGAGCUCUCUCUACAACCAUUACCUGCGGCACUGCCAGGAGCACAAACUGGAUCCAGUAAAUGCUGCUUCCUUUGGAAAACUGAUCCGCUCCGUCUUCAUGGGGCUGAGGACUCGCCGCCUGGGAACCAGGGGAAACUCCAAAUACCAUUAUUAUGGGAUCCGUCUAAAACCAGAGUCUCCGCUGAACCGUUUGCAGGAGGACACCCAGUACAUGGCCAUGAGGCAGCAGCCCAUCCACCAGAAGCAGAGGUACCGGCCUGCUCAGAAGAUGGAUGGGAUGGCAGAGAGUGGCUCCAACAGCAACCCCCACGCUACGCCGGAGCAAUCGGUGGCUGCUCAAAGCCAACACCAUCAGCAAUUCAUAGAUGUCACCCAUGUCUUUCCUGAGUUCCCAGCCCCGGAUCUGGGUAACGUCCUCUUAAGAGAAGGGGUCACCAUGAACGAUGUGAAAACUCUGCAGCUUCUUUACAGGCGACACUGCGAGGCGACUUUGGAUGUUGUCAUGAAUCUUCAGUUUCAUUAUAUUGAGAAGCUCUGGCAAUCCUUCUGGAGUCCUAAAACACCCUCUAGCGAUGGCUCUGCUGCCCUGCCGACCAGCGAAGAGGAACACGAAGGGACCCUCCCGAAAGAGAAGCUGAUCGGUCUGUGUAAAUACGAGCCCAUCCUCAAGUGGAUGAGGAGCUGUGAUCACAUCUUGUACCAGGCCCUGGUGGAGAUUCUCAUCCCGGACGUGCUGAGACCGGUGCCCAGCACACUCACCCAGGCGAUCCGGAACUUUGCCAAGAGUUUGGAGGGGUGGCUGAUGAACGCAAUGAGUGAAUUCCCCCCCUACGUUGUGCAGACCAAGGUCGGGGUGGUGAGUGCGUUCGCCCAGACGUUACGGAGAUACACGUCCCUCAACCACCUGGCUCAGGCCGCCCGGGCCGUGCUGCAGAACACCUCCCAGAUCAACCAGAUGCUCAGUGACCUCAAUCGGGUUGACUUCGCCAACGUGCAGGAGCAAGCCUCAUGGGUGUGCCAGUGUGAGGAAGGCAUGGUACAGAAGCUGGAGCAGGAUUUCAAGCUCACCCUGCAGCAGCAGAGUUCUCUGGACCAGUGGGCUAGUUGGCUGGAUAAUGUUGUCACUCAAGUCCUGAAGCAUCAUGAGGGCAGUCCCAGCUUUCCCAAGGCAGCCCGGCAGUUCCUGUUGAAAUGGUCUUUCUAUAGCUCCAUGGUGAUCCGUGACCUCACUUUGCGCAGCGCUGCCAGCUUUGGGUCCUUCCACCUGAUUCGCCUGCUCUAUGACGAAUACAUGUUUUAUCUGGUGGAGCAUCGCGUUGCCCAGGCAACAGGGGAGACGCCGAUUGCUGUAAUGGGAGAGUUUGGUGACCUCACAUCCCUGUCCCCAACGCUGCUGGACAAAGAUGACAUGAGUGACCUGGGCAGCGAGGUGGACACCGACUCCCGGAGCGUGGGGGAGCCGCUGGUGAAACGGGAGCGCAGUGACCCCGGCCACUCGCUGCAGGAGAUCUGAGACGGGGACUCGGCUUCUCUCCAGCUGGACGAAGAACAUCUAGAGCCAGGUUUGAUGGUGGCAAACCUGAGUCUCCCCGGUUCUGCGUUAUUAGUGCCUCUUAGUUUCUCUUUCUGUUUACUUGUGUUUGAGGACAGGAUCUAGGGGGGAACCCGGUGGGGCCAUGGCAUGGGGUCGCAGUGGCCGCCUGCUUUCCUCCAACACAACUGCUGGCUCGAGGGCCAAGCUCCAACGUCUACUACCGAGUGAUGGAAGCCUCCGUGGACAGCAGAUUGGACUUGCCUGUCCUCUCCAGUCUGAGUGAGGCGGGCAAAGGAGGCUUUCUCUUUCAGGGAAGGUGGGUUUGGGUUUCUUCCCCACUUCUCAGACUUCACUGUGAUACGAACUUGAACCAAUCAGUGCCCAAGAAGAAAGAAAAAUACCUGACCCUUCUCCUCUGGCCUUUCGAGACAAGCUGUCCUUCCUGCCUCUGAUUUUGCCAAAUCAUUCGUGCUGGGAAGCACAGGAUGGUUUGUCUCUCCCACACCCACCUGGGGAGGGGGCUCCAGGCUGCACAUCUGACUGGUGAUGCUCAUGCACACCCUGGGACUGACGUGUCCAUGCUCCAGGACUGACACCUGCACGCUCUGGGACUGCAGGACACGCUCUGGGACUGCAGGACACAUUCUGGGACUGCAGGACUUCGCACCUGCUCUCGUGUCUCCCCAUCCAGACGUUCCAUCCCUGAUCCACCACUGCUCCCGGGACACUGUCAGGCCAACUCAAGAUACCAAAGGACUCUGAGGAAGCGGUGGCCGGUCACAAAGCGUGUUCGUUGCCCCCCUGGGCGAUCCCCCAGGCAAUCCCCAUCCUCCCCAGGGUGCCCGGGCAGAGGGAACUGGUCCCACGUCCUGGGUUUUGUCAAGUUCUCGCUCCGUGUCCUGCUAAAAGGCUGAAGGUCCCGUGUGUGGGCGAGGGUGGGCGACCGCAGUGCCUUAGGGGGGGCCCACAUGCCCACUCCCCCCGCUCCGGCGCAGCAGGACCUGCUGCUCAGACCCUGGUAAAAUAAAAUGACCCCGUCCCGUGGAGCAGCUCCCAGUUUGCUCAACACCACUGUGGUGUUUCCCUUUGCUUUGCCUUCUGCCGUGUCGUGGUGGUGGCUCCUGUGGGGCUGAGCUGGGGGGGUUUCUGCCUCAGGGGGGGGUUAUUCGCCCUUUCUGUGUCCUGGGGGUCUGGGCUGACGUGGACAACAGGGUGGAGGUUGGUGGGGGGAAUCUGCCAUCAAGCCAAACUGCAAAAACAAAGCCCUGGGGCAAAUCUUUCUGUGAAUAAAGGCCGUGUCAUAAAUAGCUUUUAUUAUUAUUAUUAUUAUUAUUUCUAAUGAUACCGUAUUUGAUGUGAGCUUUUCCAGGGGCCUUGUGUACAUUUGCAUCAGAGUAUAUUCUAUCCAAAUAUAUUAUUUACUCUAUUCCUAAAUGGUACUAAGGUAGCUGUGACACUUUAAAAAAAAACUAUUGCUAAUGGAAAGUAAAAAGAAAGUGUGUGUAGUGGCACAUCUGUCCCUCUUCCUGUCCCGUGCUGUUGUCUGCCAGGGUGAUGUUUGUCUGUAAACGUCUUGAAGUCACAGGGGACGAGUGAGAAAGCAGGAUUUAUCUGUAAAUAACAACGAUGAAUGCUCCCUGGGUCAGAACCCCCACCUCACAUCCUGCUGAUGGGAUCAGAUGGUCUGAAAAACUGAGUCUUAACCCCCCCCUUGCUCCCGUUGAUGCGGGAUUAACUCCAGCCCGUGUGUCAGCUCCUCUUUGUGGCCACUGCUCCCCAAACCCAGCCCCUCUGCUCCCCACGGACCUGCGAAGGAGACGCUCCGGAGCCGUGCAGGCCCCUGGAUAACCCCCCCCCCCAAACCCCAUCCCCACAGAAUU